GCGGCACUGUUGCGGUCACACUCGCCGCCUGGUCACACGAGUAUUUGCCUUUUUAUUUUAAUAAAAUAAUCAAAGAAUCGUCGCUUCGGUUUCGGAUUCGGAACAUAGAAAUUUGUCGCCCCAGAUAGUCCAACCGCAGAUCGCGCGUUUUCCCCCCAAAUAAAAACCCGAAAAUUCGUCUAGGAUAUUUUCUUGUUUUUUUUCUGUUUUUCCACGGCAAAAAAAUUUAAUUUUUUUUGAAACACCAAAACAACAACAACACAAAGUGCGUGCGCGUGCAAAAACGGCGAGAAAACGAGAAAAAAUAAAUUGUGGGCGAAUCAACAAGCAAAAAAGAAUGAGCGAUGAUGAGGAGAAGAGGCAAAAGCAGAGGCAGUUGUCGUAGUACUAGUACCAAAAAGAAACUGCGAAAUGUGAAGUGACAAAAAUAACAACAGCAACAACAAGUAACGAAAGAGAAAAGCAAAAGCAAAAGAAGGUAAAAAGCAAAAAGGCGAAAAAGAGCGCAAAAAUAUACGUCUACAAAAAGCAGCAGCAGCAGCAGCAACAACACAAAAAUUAACUUAAAAAAGUCGUGAAUUCAACGUACUGUAUAUAUAUAUAUAUAUAUAUAUAUAUACGAAUACACCAACACACACACGCAGUGUGAGGAGGAGAGAGCGAGAGCGUGCGUUAUUUAUUUUAUAUUUUCGUUAAUCAUUUUUCGCAUUUUGUGGAACAAGUUGGAAAAGCGACAAUACAAAAUACAACAAAAGCAGCAGCAAGCAGUUUGCACCACUUGGAAGAGGUUCCGCCCUCCCCCAAUUCCAUAUGCAAAAUGUCUAGUCCCGACGAUAGAAUACCAAUACACGAUCUGCCAUCAGAAGCCGGAAGCGAUGAGCGAUUGCUGCACAUAACGCCGGGCACUCUGACAUUGGACUUCAAGCCCCAUUCGGCGGUGGAUAUCGAUCAGCAGAUCAUGGAGCUCAAGAAGAGCCAGGAACUGCAAAAGCAGCGGCUUUUACACACGUUUCAGGAGCAAUCGAAGCAAAUGGAAUUGGAGCAUAAACUCCAACUGGAGCACAAGUAUCAAUUUGCGGUGAAUUCACAUGGCGCUUUCCAGGAAUUGCGAAACGAGAGCAUGGUGACAGCCGCCGCCGCAGCCGCCGCGGUGGCUGAGGAGCAACAUCGCCAGCAGCAACAUCAUCAGCAGCAACACCAGCAACAUCAGCAACACCAGCAGCAUCAGCAACACCAGCAGCAGCAACAGCAGCAGCAGCAACACCAACAGCAGCAGCAACAGCAACAGGGACGCGGCAGGGACGGCAUGAAACUCAAGCAGUGUAGCGCCAAUGCCAGUCCCGAGGUGAAACAGAUUCUCAACUGCUUCAUCAUGAGCAGGAAGUCGCAGGCGGCGCAAUCGAAUGGCACGACCACGUCGCCCUACAGGAAUCGUGGCGUGGUGAAGAGCUCCUCGGGCGAAUCCCUACCAGCUGGAACCGUGACCAGUGCGCAUCCGUACAAAAUACCUCAGCCGCCCUCCUCACUGCUCAAAUACGAAUCUGAUUUUCCGCUGCGGAAGACAGCAUCCGAACCGAACCUGCUGAAGAUCCGGCUGAAGCAGAGCGUCAUCGAGCGCAAGGCCCGAAUCGGCGGACCGGCGGGAGCCCGUCGCCAAGAACGCCUCCUCCAGGCGGCGCACCGCAGGCAGCAAAAGAACUCCGUUCUCACAAACUGCAACAGUACACCGGAUUCGGGACCCAAUUCCCCGCCCUCGGCAGCCGCCCUGGCGGUGGGCGUGGUCGGUAGUCGCGGAUCGCCGACCAGUGCACCCAUCCAGGAGGAAAACGAGGAGGGCAGCCAGUAUCAGCCGGGCCAGCGGAGCAGCAUCAACGAUUUGCCAUUGUUCAGCUCGCCAUCGCUGCCCAACAUUUCGCUGGGGCGACCGCAUUUACCCAACUCGGCGCAGGCGCACGCCCAGGUGAAUGCCCAGGUGGCUGCCCAGGCCCAGGCGCAGGCACAGGCGGCUCAGGCUCAUGCCAUGUUCGCUGCACUGCAUCAGCAUGUGGCUGCCGCCCAGAGCGGCUGUGGACAGCCAGGCUACUAUAAUCCACUGGGCAUGGCCUUCGUGGGUCGCCAGCCGGCGCCGCUGGCCAUGAUUCCCUCCACGGGGAUUGCGCCGCAGCAGCCAUCGCCAGUGGUGCGCAGUGCCUCGGCCACGUCGACCUCCUCGUCGCAGGCCUCGCUGGUGGGCGAUGUGGCGCCGCCGCAGGCCCAUGCCGCCUCCACCAUUCUGCCCUCGUCCUCGUCCUACAUGCAGCAGCUGGGCGGCGUGGCCGGUUCGGCGGUUAAUCUCCAUGCCGCCGCAGUGGCUGCAGCGGCAGCAGCAGCAGCCGCCGCCGGAUCACUGCCGCCGACCAAUAGCCAUGGCCAUGGUCACGGCAACCAUGGCGGCCACGCCCAUGGCCAUGGACACGGGCAUAGCCAUGCCCUCUAUGGCGGCCACCAGCACAAUGUGCCCAUCACGGAUGCCCAGGUGGCGCAGGUGCAUCUGCACAAGCAGGGCCACCGGCCGCUGGGACGGACGCAGUCGGCCCCACUGCCCCUGGGUCAUCCCAUGCUGACCGGAGCCGGGCAGCUGAAUGUGGCCCAGACGCACUACGAGAAUAGUGAGGCGGAGCGUCAGGCAUACGAGCACCAGGUGCUGAACCAGAAACUCCGCCAGACCGUCCUGACCCGCAGCGGAGCAGCUGCAGCCGCUGCCGCCGCUGCUGGCGUGAAUGUGGUGCGCGAGGCGCAGCUGAAGGAGGAGGAUGACGACUCGGCCGCCGAGGUGAUGGACCUCACCGACAAGAAGAAACCGCCGAAGACGGUGCUGACCAGCACGAUAGCCACCAGCACGUCCCAGAAUCUGCCCGAAGCAUUGGCCGCGGCGGUGGCAGCAGCCGCCUACCGUGCCCCGCCCUCUAGUAACUCCGCCUCCGUCACCAAGUCCGCCAUCAAGCUGCGGGAUCAGGAGUAUCUGCAGCAGCAGCGUGAGCAGCUAUUGCUGCUGCAGCAGGAGGAGGAACUGGCCAAGGGGCUAAUGCGACCGCUUUCGCGGACGCUUAGCAGUCCGCUGGUGCCGUUGGGUCCGCAUGGUCUUAGCCAGAUUCCGGACACCGGGCAGCAGCCGGCACCGAUAGCCACAUCCUCGUCGGCCGAUCAUAUACCGCCCGUGAACCUCUCGCUGCCGCAUCGCCAGCACCGCCAGCUUAUGAGCACCCUGUAUGCCAGCCAUUUGCGCAACCACCAGCAGCCACCGGCGAGUGGUUCGCCGCCGCACAAGGUCACCACCGGAUUGGCCUACGAUCCGCUAAUGCUGAAGCACUCGUGCAUCUGCGGCGACAAUGCCCAGCAUCCGGAGCACAGUGGUCGGCUGCAGAGCGUGUGGGCGCGUCUGAAUGAGACCGAUCUGGUGAAGCGUUGCGAUCGCCUGCGCGCCCGCAAGGCAACCCAGGAGGAGCUGCAGACGGUGCACACGGAGGCGCACGCCAUGCUCUUCGGCUCGAAUCAGUGCCAGUUGAGCAGGCCCAAGUUGGAGAACACGUUGUCGGCCAGCUUUGUCCGUCUAUCGUGCGGCGGUUUGGGUGUGGAUCUGGAUACCACGUGGAAUGAGCAUCAUACGGCCACCGCAGCACGAAUGGCCGCCGGAUGUGUGAUCGAUUUGGCGCUGAAGACGGCCAAGGGGGAUCUGCGGAAUGGAUUCGCCGUUGUCCGGCCGCCGGGCCAUCAUGCGGAGGCCAAUCUGGCCAUGGGCUUCUGUUUCUUCAACUCGAUCGCCAUUGCGGCCAAGUUGCUCCGCCAGCGGAUGCCCGAGGUGCGGCGCAUCCUCAUCGUCGAUUGGGAUGUGCAUCAUGGCAAUGGCACACAGCAAGCAUUCUACCAAAGUCCCGACAUUCUAUAUCUUUCCAUACAUCGACACGAUGACGGUAACUUCUUUCCCGGCACAGGCGGACCCACAGAGUGCGGCUCCGGUGCUGGUCUCGGCUUCAACGUGAAUAUCUCAUGGUCUGGGGCACUCAAUCCGCCGCUGGGCGACGCCGAGUAUAUCGCUGCAUUCCGUACCGUUGUGAUGCCCAUCGCGCGGAGCUUCAAUCCGGACAUUGUGCUGGUCUCCUCUGGCUUCGAUGCGGCCACCGGCCAUCCGGCUCCGCUGGGCGGCUACCAUGUCUCGCCGGCCUGCUUUGGUUUCAUGACCCGCGAGCUGCUCCAGCUGGCCAACGGCAAGGUGGUGCUGGCCCUCGAGGGUGGCUACGAUUUGGCCGCCAUCUGUGAUUCCGCCCAAGAGUGCGUGCGGGCGCUGCUCGGCGAUCCCGCAGCCCCGAUAGCCAAGGCCGAACUGGAGCGGCCGCCCUGCCAGAAUGCCAUCAACACGCUCCAGAAGACGAUAGCCAUUCAGCAAACGCAUUGGCCCUGCGUCAGGAUGCUGGAACACACGGUGGGUCUGUCUGCGCUGGAAACGCUCAAGGUGGAGCACGACGAGUCCGAGACGAUCAACGCCAUGGCCGGCCUAUCCAUGCAGUCGAUGCACAGAACCCUUUCCCGCGAUGAUUCCGAGGAGCCGAUGGAUCAGGAUGAAACCAAAUAGGAGGCAACGCUGGCGGAGAAUGGAGGCGGGGACAAGGAGGCGGUGGGCGUGGCGUGGAUAUGUGGGCGUGGCACCGGGGCAUGGCGAGAGGGCGUGGCCGCAAGCUGCUCAAUGCACAUUUAGUUAUUUGUUGUAGUUGAAUUGAUUGUUGUUGCUGUUGUUGUUGUGGCGCUCGCUUGCAAAUUGUUGUCGUUGUCAUUGAUCGUCUAUAGCCACAUCUAUCUCUCUCACUCGAUCGAUAAUUAUAAUAUUAUAUCCCAACCAUCCAUCGCCCCAAAAAAAAAAAUGGAGAAACAACGAAAAUAAAGUAGGGGAAAAUGCCUAAAAGUAGCAGAACAGGGCCUAAAGUUCAAAAUGGUGGCUGUGCCUCCAAAAAAGAAAUAAUUAUAAUAAUUAGAAAGAAGAACCCCUGGGAAACUGGGGAAUUUUAUAUGAAUAUAUAUAGUAUAUAUGGUGAGAACUUAGUUGUAGAAUUCCUUGAGAGAUUUUUUUUUGUUUUUUUUAGGGUGAGAGGAGAAGAGGUAUUUUAACGCACACACGAAACACACGCAACUCAAUGUAUCUUAUUAAUAUUAAUAUUAUUAUUCUUUAAGUAUGUGUGUUAAAAGGAUAUAGGAGCACUAACCUAAUGGUAAAUCAGUAAACUAUAUAAAGUUAAUGUUAAAAGAGAAGAUCAGGUGCAAGAAGCGUGUGUUUUUUUAGGUAAGGUUCAACCUCAAAGUUCCCAAAAAUAUAAACCCCACCACGCCCACUUAUCCCGCCACCCCAGAUGAAGAUCGAGGGAGAGAGAGGAUUACGUGUUAUGUAGAAUGCUUUAGUUGAUAGAUAAGAUAUGAGAAAACUUAACAGCUAACAAGUUGAAGAAGGAAAAGCGAAAAACUGAGAAAAUCUUUUUGUACAAUUUAUAGUUUAGUGCAAGUUUCAAGUACAACAUACUAUUAUUUAAAGAAUUCUAUAUAUAUUUAAAUAUAUAUAUUGUGCAAUAAAUGUGAGAAAAUGAAAAUCGAGUGCAGAGCAAAAACAAAACCACACAAAAACAGAAACUAAAACGAAUAAGAGAAAAUUGUUGUUAAAUGUUGCCGAGAUCUUAUAUACGUAUGUAUACCUAAUAACUGUUACAAUAAUAACCCUUUAUAUAUAUACAAGUAUAUAUAUACAUAAAUGCACACGUGUGUGUAACGAUAACGAUGUUCAACAAAUGUCUGAAAUGAAGUAAAACUAUUAUUAUAUGUAAAUAAAACACAAAACAAAGUGAACAAUUUUAAUAAAAAAGAAAAACCAACAAAAUAUACAAAAUUCGAAACAUUCACGCUCACACAAAAAAACAUAGUAGGUCCUGAAUAUAGGACCUAAAAAGCGUGAACCGGGAAAAUUCUGGAAUACCCGUUUAAACGCUAACCGUUAACUGUAAAACCGCUGUAAUUGUAUUUGUACUCGUGUACCUUUAGCUGUCUAUAGCCGUCUCUCUCUAACUCGCUACCUAACAGUAAAGGAGCACCUCAAAAACGGAGAAAGGAGCAACAGACAAGGAUCAAAAAUUUUGAAAGGAGAAGAGAAAGUGGAGGUAUAAAGUGAAGAAUAAGCACAACGAGAGAUGGACCGAUUGGCUCCAACUGGAUGAAACAAUUGUUAACAAAUCGAAACAGAAACUAAAAACUAAACUUAAAAAUGAAAUCACAAAUGUAACUAUUAAUCUAAGCGAAGGAGGAGAUGCCAUUGUCCUUUCUUUUUUGCAUGUCUGUCCCGUCCUUUCUUUUCUUUUUUAACCAGAGAACGUUAAUUGAAAAGAUCAUUGGAAAAUGGUCUCUUUCGAAAAAAACCCGAUACUUGAAAAAAUUAAAAAAAGACCUUUAAAACUAAUUUUGGUUUUAAAAAAGUAUUGAGACGCUUUGAAAUACCAACCUAAAAUGUCUUUGUUCUCUGUGUUUAAUCUAUGAUUUUCACUUUCUUUUAUUUUUGGUUUUCGAAUUCGAAUUUGGUAAUGGCCCCGAGGGUUAUCUUAAAUUUCCAACCACCAUCCAUCCAUUUACCUCUCCUCCUGAUAGAACGUUUUUGAAAAAAACCUUUAAACUGAUAACAAGAAACAUUAACAAAUUAUACUAAUAAAAGAAAAUAUUGUUGUUGCGCACUGCAAAAAAAUAAAAAACAAAAAAUAAUUCCAUAAGCUGAGAAAUAGUAAAAAAUGAUUUUAGAAAAAUGAAAACAAAAUCAAAUAUUUAUAUUUAUAUUUUGUUUAUUGUUGCACAAAUAAGUCCAAGGAACAAAAAACAUGAAACAAUUAAGAGUAAUAUUGUGUGUCGCUUUUUCUAAACGAAAUAAAUCGAAGAAAUCGUCAAGAGUA